UGUCGUUGAUGGUUGUGUUUGAGAAUUCGAGCAAACCAUUCCAUUCAUUCAGCAUCAACCUGUGCUUCUGAUUUCUUAGUCACUCUUUUCUUCGAUAGCCAAACAUGAAGGCUUGCACAUUGAGUCUCGGGCUCUUUGCCGUGCUCGCACUUGCUCAGAGCGACUCAACGGCCGAGGAGGUCUUUGGAGCUAUUGACCAGUGCAGCACGGCCAACUUUGACCAAUGUCUGAAAGACUCCACUGCUCCUCAUCGUUGCCUCAAGGUCCAAAAGUUUGCAGAGGAGAUUGUUCAAGACACAUGUGUUUUCAGCUGCCCUGAUCAGUCACCUUGCCUCACAAAAUGUGGUACAGACCGUGGUGGCGCGUGGUGUGGUGAGGCAGGUACCUGCUUCUGCGAUCAGGGCUGGGAUACCGCUCAGCCUGCUCCCGCAGACCCUUAUGAUCUCUCAUGGGUGAAGAAGUGGGCUGCCAUUGGCGAUUCUUACUCCGCCGGCAUUGGCUCCGGUUCGCCAUACCCUAACAGCUCAACCACCUGCGCUCGAUACGACCAGUCGUACCCAGCCUACAUGCAAUCCCACGAACUCAUGCCCGAGUCUGCUGAAUUCGAGUUCCUCGCCUGCUCUGGCGCCACCGCUCCUGAGAUCCUCGCCAACCAGGUCUCAGCGCUGGGCACCGGCUACGACAUCAUCACCGUCAGCGCCGGCGGCAACGACGUCGGCCUGACCAGCAUCCUCAACGCCUGCAUCUUCCAGUGGAACCCCUUUGCCAACUGCCCCGACGAGAUGCAGGCCACGCUGAACCUCAUCCGGGAUACUCUUCCGGGCAACUUGGACAAGUUGUACGCUGGUCUCAAGAACAAGAUUAACCCGGGCCGCAAGAUUUACGUCACGGGCUACGCGAACUUCUUUGAUAACACCACGACUGCCACUGAGCGCAGAACGCUGAUGAACGAGCUCACUACUGCCGUCAACAACGUCAUCGAGGCCGCGGUCAGGAGAGCCGGUGCCUCGUUCGAGUUUGUCGACUACAAUCAAUACUUCUCUGUGCUUCAGGGCCGUUUCUGCGAGGGUGCCACCAAGGAGCCCAACGGAAAUCGCGAUGGUCUUCUCUUCUUUGAGUGGUCUAGCAAGAACGACGAUACCACCCUCGCGAGACGUGAAGCCGAGCCCGAGGUUGCAUCUUUCAACAACGACCAGAUGCUUCCUCGUGCGACCCCCACGAUUGGCGACGUCGAUUCAUCUCUGGAGAUGCGCAGUACCAAGCUGGGCCUCUUGUCCAUCCUCUCCAAGCGCGCCGGACAAAUCUGGAGCGCCUUCCCCCGCAGACAGACCACCAAGUCGAACACGAAGACGCCCGUCCUGGAAGUCCGCCAAGGCACGGCUGCAUCGCCGUCAAUUGAGCAGUACAUCGCCGACCAAAUCACGGAAGCGCGCAAACGCAACUCCAGCCUCGUCAUCUCUCUCGCCGACAACAGCGCCGCGGACCCGGCCUUCAGGGGCCGCAAUAACAUCGAGGUCUCGGACUUCAUUGGCGACGAGAUCAAGAGGGUGUUCCACCCGCGUCCUGGCGGCCACGCCGUGAUUGCGAACCUCGUCAUGUGGCGUCUGGCCGAGGACAACGCCGCGACGGUCGGCGACAAGGAGUUUGGUGCCACCGAGGCUGCGGGCUGUGCUGUUCCUGUCCCGAGCACACCGUCUAUGCCUGAGACGAUUCCCGGCGUGCUGCCGAAUUGUCAGGCUGCUGCGCUUAAGUGCUUGAACUGCUUGGGUGGCGCGAGUGGUCUUGGUGUGUUUGUUUGCAAUUUCCAGCACCACUCUGAUUGUAAUGCUUGUGGCGGUGGUGACGGAUGCCCGUGCUAGACAUGCCGCGGAGGUUGCGUGGAUAAUACGAUGGUUGUUGCAGGGGAAAUGUGACCAGCGAACUUGAGCCUUUCCUUCUUCUCGUUGGUCCAGAGAUAUCACUUAGCC